CUUCAUAGUUCAGUUCUACUUAGUGUUUUCUCCAUCUUCUAUGUCAUUUCUGAGAUGUAGGCUGGAGUACAGCAUAUGCAUAAUUUAGAGCAAAUUUAUUACUAAGCGCUCGUAUUUUCCAGGAAAAAGGUGAUGUGAGUGACUAUAGUUUAAAAGACAUUGCCUGCUGUCUUCUGCUAGGAUAAAAUAAACAUAUCCGUGGACAUUGUUAAGUAAGGAGUGAAAGGUGUCAGUAAGCUCUUAGAUCUGUAGGAGUGACGUGAUUAAUUUUUAGUAAAGUUGUCUGGGGUAUGAGGAAAUAAUGGGACCAUUCUAAACUAGAUUGUUUUCAUGAGGUGAGCACAUGGCAUGAGCUGUUGAAUGACAUGAUAUAAUCUGUGUCAGCAUCUAUGAGAAGUUAAAGACUUAUCUACAAGGGAUAAUAUGCCAUGUGUGUUACUGUGAGUAAAGGGAAUGUCGUCACUCAUUUGGAUUCGCUCAGCAUUUUAAAAAUGGUUUCCCCUGUUAUUGGGAAAUAUAUAGUUGUUUAUUACUCUUGAGCUGUAUAGAGGCAAUGUGAAGCAAUAUACAUUUUUUUUUAACAACAGUUUGCUAAAAGUAAGGUUUUUUUCCUCUUCUCAUAAUAAAAAAGAUUCUUGAAGGUUAAAGUUGAAAUUUCAGUAGGUUAGAUAAUAAAAGUUAAAAGAACAUGGGUUUUUGUGAUUGAAAGCAAUCAUUCUGAGUUGCAUACAAAUAGAUACUUUUGUUUGUUUGUUUUCUUCAUUAAAGGUGGCUUUCUAGAAGAUGACCAUAGAGGACCUUCCGGAUCUUUCAUUAGAAGUAAAUCCUUUGAUUGGAAGAUACCCAUUUUUAUUUCCAGGUUCUGAUACACCAGUUAUCUUUUCUGUUUCUGCAGCACCAAUGCCUUCAGACUGUGAGUUUUCUUUCUUUGAUCCUAGCGAUGCAUCGUGCCAGGAAAUUCUCUUUGAUCCCAAAACUUCAGUGUCAGAAUUAUUUGCCAUUUUAAGACAGUGGGUUCCUCAGGUCCAGCAGAACAUUGACAUUAUUGGAAAUGAGAUUCUUAAGAGAGGUUGCAAUGUAAACGACAGAGAUGGACUGACAGAUAUGACCCUUUUACAUUAUACCUGCAAAUCUGGAGCCCAUGGUAUUGGUGAUGUUGAGACAGCUGUGAAAUUUGCAACUCAACUUAUGGAUCUGGGAGCAGAUGCUAGUUUGCGGAGUCGCUGGACAAACAUGAAUGCUUUGCAUUAUGCUGCUUAUUUUGAUGUCCCGGAACUUGUAAAAGUCAUUUUGAAGACAUCUAAACCAAAAGAUGUGGAUGCUACUUGCAGUGACUUUAACUUUGGAACAGCUCUGCAUAUUGCAGCAUAUAAUUUGUGUUCAGGUGCUGUGAAAUGCUUAUUGGAGCAUGGAGCAAAUCCCGCAUUUAGGAAUGACAAGGGACAGAUCCCUGCGGAUGUUGUUCCAGACCCAGUAGAUAUGCCAUUAGAAAUGGCAGAUGCAGCUGCAACUGCUAAAGAAAUCAAGCAGAUGCUGUUAGAUGCAGUGCCUCUGUCAUGUGCUAUCUCAAAGGCGAUGCUUCCAAAUUAUGAUCAUGUUACUGGCAGGGCACUGCUGACAUCACUUGGCCUGAAGUUGGGGGAUCGUGUUGUUAUUGCAGGACAGAAGGUUGGAACAUUACGAUUUUGUGGAAAAACUGAAUUUGCAAGUGGGCAGUGGGCUGGCGUUGAAUUGGAUGAACCAGAAGGAAAAAACAAUGGAAGUGUUGGAAAAGUCCAGUACUUUAAAUGUGCCCCCAAAUAUGGUAUUUUUGCACCUCUUUCAAAGAUAAGUAAAGCAAAAGACCGAAGGAAGAAUAUGAUACACACUUCUUCUACAAAAGCUGUACCUCUCAUCAGGUCCCAGAAAAUUGAUGUAGCCCAUGUAACGUCAAAAGUAAAUACUGGAUUAAUGACAUCAAAAAAAGAUAGUGCUUCUGAAUCAAUACUUUCAUUACCUCCUGGUGAAGAAUCGAAAACUGUAACAGAAAAAGAUGUUACCCUGCUUGGCUCCAUCAGCAGCUCCUCCUCUACGUCUUCUUUGGAACACAAACAGAACUACCUCAAGAAACUGAGUGCAAGUAGCAAUAACAAGAAGACAAUGAGCAAAAGCUCUUCUGUUUCAUCUCGAGCCAGUGCUGGUUUGAAUUCCUCAGCAACAUCUGUAGCAAAUAAUACCCGUUGUGAAGGAGAACUCCUCCUUGGAGACAGAGUGUUGGUUGUAGGCCAGAGAAUUGGGACCAUUAAGUUCUUUGGGACAACAAACUUUGCUCCAGGAUAUUGGUACGGUAUUGAGCUUGAAAAACCCCAUGGCAAGAAUGAUGGUUCAGUUGGAGGUGUGCAGUAUUUUAGUUGUUCUCCAAGAUAUGGCAUAUUUGCUCCCCCAUCCAGGGUGCAAAGAAUAACAGAUUCCCUGGAUACUCUUUCAGAAAUUUCAUCAAAUAAACAGAAUCAUUCUUAUCCUGGUUUUAGGAGAAGUUUCAGUACAACUUCCGCUUCUUCCCAAAAAGAGAUUAAUAGAAGAAAUGCUUUUGCCAAAUCAAAAGCUGCUUUACAUCGUAGUUGGAGCAGCACUACUACGAGUAUUGAAGGGAGUGUGAAGCUGCGAGAGGGCUCCCAGGUCCUCCUGACAAGUUCUAACGAGAUGGGCACUGUUAGGUAUGUGGGCCCCACAGACUUCGCCUCCGGUGUCUGGCUUGGACUUGAGCUCCGAAGUGCCAAGGGAAAGAACGAUGGCGCAGUGGGUGGCAAGCGCUACUUUACAUGUAAGCCAAGCCACGGAGUCUUAGUUAGACCAAGCAGGGUAACCUACCGGGGCAUUAAUGGGUCAAAGCUUGUGGAUGAGAAUUGUUGAAUUAAACGAGCUCUAGUAGAUUAGUAUACUAUGUGGUGUA